AUGGAGGCAAACCUCUACUCAAAGAACUGGGCUGGUGACGUGUACAUCGGCUCAAACUGGAACAUCCUGACCCUGCUGUACGCCAUCUUCCUGCUGACGCCCAUCCUGGGGCUGGUGGCGGCCUGGGCGACCUAUGGCGUCUACUGGGGGCUGAUGCCUGGGAUGGCGCUCUAA